GAGCCACAGCAUGAAGACUCUCAUGAGCGCUUCAUCGUAGAGAUAGUUUCACUCUUUUUUAACAAGGACCGUGGAACUAUAAUCAGCUCUUUCUGUGGUAUUUCCUGACUGCUUGGACAUUAACAAAAUGAGUCCUGGACUGGAAAAGGAUGGAACAACAAACACAGGAGGAGAAAAAUGUUGGAGACUCAUCAGUGUUUUCUGCUGCCUGCUGAGUAUCAACUCUUUGCCUCAUCCCGUUACAGGAUACGCGAUGAAGACCUGCAAAAUCAGUUACAACUUCGCCAUAUGUGUCAAGAUGAAACUCGAGACGAUUCCUCAAGAUAUUCCACCAACAGUGGAAGGUUUGGACUUGAGUGCAAAUCGACUUUCAAUCGUCCAGUUCUUAGAUUUCAGAAACCUUACACUCCUCACAUGGUUGGAUCUCAAACACAACAAGAUUGCGCUGAUCCAAAAGGGUGCCUUUGCCAAUCUGACUUUCCUAAAGAAGUUAAACCUCAACCAAAAUAAUCUUGUUGAGCUCACAGAGGAUCUCUUCAAUGGUCUGAACAAUCUCACUGAGCUCAGAAUUGCCAGUAAUCUCAUCAAAACCGUGGCUUCCUCGGCAUUUACGUCGAUGAAAAGCUUGACUUUUUUGGACAUUUCUUACAACAAACUGCGGGACGUCGUAGGAGUUCAUUUAGUAUUACAGAACCUGCCACAUCUACGCGUGCUGUACGUUAAAAAUAACAAUUUAACCAGUUUUCACUCGUGGGAGCUGAGCAACAGAACGCUGGAGCUCGAAUCACUCGACUUGUCGCAGAAUUCGAUUGCUGAUUUUCGGAUCACCGCGGACAUUUUUCCAAAUCUCACCUGGUUUAAUAUCGGCGGCGCUCAGAGAAAGCAGCAGAUGAUAUGGGACGUGCACGCCGAGACUGUCUUUAGUCAAGUCUCUACUCUCGAUAUCAGUGGGCUUCAAAUGGCUUUUGCUGACAUGAAAUUAUUAUUCGGCAUAGUGAACGCUUCUCUCACCUCUCUGAGGAUGAAUGCUAUGAAAAACGAUCUCAGAGCGCUGAUCAAUGUGUCCUGCACCGUCCCGACAAUGUCCACACUGCAGCUGCGCCACAACAAACUCAGAUCUGUCACCGCGGACUUGAUCAAGUUGUGCAUUAAUUUAGCCGAGUUAGAUUUAGCAGAGAAUGAGAUCCAAAUCAUUGGUGACAACGCUUUCGGAUCGACGCACAACUUGAGAACCUUGAGCCUCAGCCAAAACAGGCUUUUAUCCGUUCCCACUGCCAUCAGGGAUCUAAGUCUCGUAGAGUUGGAUCUCAGCUCGAAUGACAUUUCCAAACUUGGAUGUGAAGAUUUUGUCAAUCAGACGAGGAUGCAACGGCUCAAACUGUACGCUAAUUCAAUAUCAGCUCUAAAAGAAUGCGUUUUUAAGGAUUUAGUACGACUUCAAAUUUUAAAGUUGCAGAGCAACCACAUGACCCGUUUAAACGGUGCUUUCGGAAAUCACUUGCCAGAUCUCAGACAGCUGCUUUUACAUGGAAAUGAACUCACGUCAUUCAAACGCGGUGAAUUCAGCGGCCUGCGGUCGCUCCAGAACUUGUCUCUGCACCAUAACAAACUAGAGACAUUCGAAAAUGGAUGUUUUCUGGGUCUGACCAAUCUCAUCGAGUUGCUUUUACAGAACAAUAAUAUCAAAGAAGGGGAGAUAAACAAAGGUUGUUUCAACGACAUGACAAAUUUAAAACGACUGGAUUUGAGAGAAAAUCACAUUAAAUAUGACUCUAGCGCCGCUUUGCCUCAUGCGCCAUUUUCUCAACUGUCCCGUCUGGAAAUGUUAGCCAUUCCUGCACAACACAGCAGGGGAAAGUCGCAACUGCCUUGCAACUUCCUGCAGGGUCUGACAAAGCUGUUGAGCUUCAGCGUGAGGAAUAGUCAACUCCUAUCUCUAGAUAAAGACACGUUCAUUUACACGCCACAGCUGCAAGAGCUCGACAUCAGCUCCAACGAUCUCAGCGAUCUCUCUCCAGAUUUGUUUGUCCCGAUUCAGAAGCUGAAAACACUCUAUAUUUCCAGAACGAGCCUGGGUUCACUGUUUUUUCUCACAGAGGCCAAACUCACCCAGCUGGAGUUCCUGCAGGCGAGGAAGAAUCAAUAUUCAGUUAUCAGCGAGGAAAUAAUUAAGUCCCUUCCGGCUCUUGUUUAUGUGGAUUUCCAGGGGAACAGCUUCACCUGCAACUGUGAUAACGCCUGGUUCAUCAAGUGGGCGAAAGACACCAACAAAACACAAGUUUUUGACGGUUAUAACUUUAAGUGCAACUACCCCGUGCAACUCAGAGGCAUGAAACUUUUUGACCUGGACAUCCAGCAAUGCUCAGUGGACACCGAAUUCAUCCUCUUUGUUUCCACCACGUGUACAAUCCUCCUGUUUAUGGCGGUGUCCUUCGUCUACCACUUCCUGAGGGACCACCUCGUCUACAUGUACUACCUCUUCCUGUCUAAGAUCUUUGACCAAAGGCACAAAAAUAAGCAAGUGCGCAGUCAGUAUGACGCCUUCAUCUCCUACAACAACCACGACGAACCCUGGGUCGUCAGAGAGCUGCUGCCCAAAUUGGAGGGAGAACAGGGCUGGAGAUUCUGUCUGCACCAUCGAGACUUUGAACCGGGUAAACCCAUCAUAGAAAACAUCGCGGACGCCAUUUAUGGAAGCAGGAAAACCAUCUGUGUGAUCAGUCGCAGGUACCUGAAGAGUGAGUGGUGCUCCAAGGAGAUCCAGCUGGCCAGCUUCCGCCUGUUCCACGAGCAGAAGGACGUGCUGAUCCUGGUCUUCCUGGAGGAGAUCCCCGCCUCGGAACUGUCUCCAUACUACAAUAUAAGGAAGCUGCUGAAGAAGCAGACCUAUCUGAGCUGGCCUCGAGCCGCAGAGCACCCCAAGCUCUUCUGGGAGAAACUGGGGAAAGCUCUGAAGCCCAAAGACGAGGACAAAUUCGACCUCAACGUAAUGGAGAGACGGUAUUAAAAAAAAACCAACAGAAAUAUUUUCACUGUGGACUUUAAUUUUGUUCUAAAAAUUUUUACAUUUAACAUACUAUGGUGUUGCUCAAUGUCAUGAACAUUAUCAAACAAUAGUGGAGGGAAGUGAGAACUAACAAUCCACUGUCCAGUGUCUACCCAACGUCCUUUCACUCUGCUCAAGGUUGGACAGAGCAAAGGUCAUGGUUAUCGAGUUAGAGUUAGUGGAAGAGGAAGUGGGAUUAGCCUGUAAAUUGUGAAAACAGAUGAGUCACUUGAUUCAAGCUGUUGCACUGAUGUUAGCUCGUGGUUGGUUGUUAGGUUAGCACUAGCAUUAGUCCCAGGCGAGUGAUGAAAGCAAACGCAACUGUGAACAUAAACCUAUUACUGUUAUUAGCAACUCUGUACAGUGAGAAAAAAGCUAACGCUACACAGACAAGUGUAGCAAUUCUAUAUCAUACGGUGGAUGCUAUCACAAUAUUGCCAAAAUAAAGCAGUGGUGAAAAAGCUAAAAACAACAAAUACAUUUGAGCAACAAGUAAACAUAAAUCAUCUCAUUUGUCUCAGAUUGUCAAUACAUGAUAUAUAUGUUGUAAAUAUAAAAACAUUUAAUUUAGUAUAUUCACCAAAGGGUUUGACAAAUUGCUGGUUAAAGAUAUUGGCAGUUUUUUUUUGUCUGUAUGUUUCAAACAUUCAAUCAAUAAUGUACUCAAAUAAUUAUUGCUUCACAUAAAUCAUACACAAAUAUAUGAUUAGAAAAUGUACAAUUAAGAACAGCGAGAAAGUGUCACUGUGCUACUGAAUAUUAAAAGUUGUUUAUGCGAUA